UCAGGUGGAGCGUCUGAUCCAGGAGAGAGGCUGGGAGUUCAUGUGGAACGAGAAGCUGGGGUACAUCCUCACCUGCCCCUCCAACCUGGGCACGGGCCUGAGGGCCGGCGUGCACGUCAAGCUGCCGCUGAUGAGCAGGGACCCCCGAAUGAGUAAGAUCCUGGACAACCUGCGUCUGCAGAAGAGAGGGACGGGUGGCGUGGACACCGCUGCUGUAGGCGGGACGUACGACAUCUCCAACCUGGACCGCCUGGGACUGUCUGAGGUGAGAAGCUGU